AUGAGAGAGUACGUUAUCAUUGCCCGACUAACCUCAACGCAAGCAUCAGCUCCACUGCGGCAGCGCCCCGGCAAGAACUUUGGCAUCCCAGAACAGAAUGCGACUUACGACUACAUUGUCAUAGGAGGUGGUACCGGAGGAUUGGCUGUUGCAUACCGUCUUGCAGAGGAUGGCACCAAGACAGUCGCAGCCGUCGAAGCUGGCGGAUACUACAAGAUCGAGAAUGGCAACACAUCAGUAGUGCCAGCGUACAAUCAGAACUACAACUACAUCACCCCGGACUCGCGGUGGGAUGCGCCGCUCGUGAAUUGGGGAUUCCUGACCACACCUCAAGCUGGCGCCCAGAACCAGGUUUUCCAUUACAGUCGAGGAAAGAUGUUGGGUGGCUGUUCGGCUGAGGAUGCCAUGAACUACAACCGACCUACAGUUGGCGGUCUGCAAGCGUGGACAGACGCUGUCAAUGACACAAGCUAUGCCUGGGACGAGUUUCUCCCAUAUUACGAAAGCUCCAUCGACUACAGCAACCCUAGCAUGUGCAUAAGAGCGUUCAAUUCUACAGUGCCCUAUAUCGAUUCCGCAAAUCAGUCCGGCAACCCUCUCGAGGUUUCCUUCCCGAACUUUGCUACACCACUAUCUUCAAGGGCUCAACUAGCCUUCCAUGAACUUGGCGUGGUAGACGUACAUGAUCUGAUCAGCGGCAAGCUUAUUGACUCACAGUACAGUCCUCUUACGCUCAACCCGAAGGAUCAGUCCCGCAGCUCAUCACAGACAUCAUUCCUCAAUACAGCGUUCGAGGGGAGUGUCUACACGCAUACCUUGGGGCAGAAGAUACUCUUCGAUGACAACAAGACCACAUACAGGGUUUCGGUACAGAUUGGGCCAGCUGCGGCUCCAUCUUACAUCCUUACAGGCAGCAAGGAAGUGAUCGUGUCUGCAGGCGCUUUUCAAUUGCCUCAGCUUCUCAUAGUCUCUGGUGUUGGGCCUGCGGAAAUUCUACAGAAUCACAAUAUCCCCAUUGUAGCAGAUCGACCUUGUGUUGGCCAGAACAUGUGGGACCACGUCGUCCUCAGCAUUGGCCACCAAGUCUCAAUCGAAAGCUAUGGACGCCUCAUGAAUUACACCAUCGCCGCCAAAGCCAAGCUUGAAUACGCCAUAAAUCAGGCCGGCAUAUUGACAAACGAUCAGUCAGACUACCUAGAAGUCGAGUACGAUAUCUCGUCUGCUCCAUUCGGCACGCCGCCCUUCUCUACACCAGAGCACCCGAUCGGCGUCGGAUGUUUUCAGCCUGUGCUCCUCACGCCCCUGUCUCGCGGCAACGUGACCAUCUCGAGCGCUAGCAUGACCGACCCUCCUAUCAUCUCACUAAACUGCUACUCACAUUACAUACUGUCCGUAGCUUCACCCAAUACAACCUCAGUUCAAUCCGUCAAUUCUUCCCAUAUGCGCACUGUCCAUGCUUCCCGACAGAUGGCGGUUGUCGACUACAAGGCUAGGGUUAUUGGGGUGAAUAGUCUGAGGGUUGUGGAUGCGAGUGCGUUCCCAUUUUUGCCUCCAGGGCAUCCGCAGGCGACUGUAUUUGCAUUGGCUGAGAAGAUUGCUACGGAUAUUCUGGCUGGAAGGUGA